GUAAUCGACGCUUUAGAUGCUUUUUUAUUUCAACGUUUAUAUAUGGAUAAAAAAAUGCGUCUAGACAAAGGUGAUUUGACUCAAGAAGAGGAUCCCCGUAGAAACUAUCCACCAGAAUUGCUUCGUCGAUUUGAAGUUUAUUUCAAAGUUCGGGAUGAAAUUAAGCCUUUGGCUGUUAGAGAACUUCGUGCACAAUUUGUUGGUAAACUUGUUUCUAUUAAAGGGAUUGUUAUUCGGGCAACAGAAGUGAAACCUUUAGCUAAUGUUAUUACUUAUAUUUGUGAUACUUGUGGAGCUGAAGCUUUUCAACCGGUAAAUUCACUUUCGUAUAUGCCAGUCUUCAAUUGUCCAAGCAAUGAAUGUAUACAAAGUAAAGCAAAUGGACGUCUACAAAUGCAAAUUCGGGGUUCAAAAUUCGUUAAAUUUCAAGAAAUUCGAGUUCAAGAAACGACUGAACAAGUUUCGGUCGGAGGAAUUCCUCGCUCUUUAACUGUUUAUUUGACUGGAGAAAAUACUCGAAAAGCCAUUCCUGGCGAUACUGUUCAAGUUUGUGGUGUUCUUGUUCCUCAACUUCGAACAGGUUUUCGUCAAAUGGUUGGAGGGCUUGUUACAGAAGUAUUUUUGGAAGCACAUCAUAUUCAAAAUAAUCGAGAUGAAAAUGAAGAAUUUUUGGAUGAUGAAUUGACUGAAGAAGAGAUUCAAUUAGUCAGUCAUGACAAUUUUUAUGAUCAUCUUGCAUAUAGCAUUGCACCUGAAAUUUAUGGUUUAACUGAUGUCAAAAAAUCACUUUUGCUUUCACUCGUUGGAGGUGUCAAUAAAAAUGCAAGCGGAAUGCGUAUUCGAGGUGCAUUAAAUAUUUUGUUGAUGGGAGAUCCUGGAGUUGCAAAAUCUCAAUUAUUAACUUAUGUUGACCGACUUGCACUUCGCUCACAAUAUACAACUGGACGUGGUUCAAGUGGUGUUGGAUUGACUGCUGCUGUGAUCAAAGAUACACUUACUGGUGAGGUAUCAUUGGAAGGUGGUUCUUUAGUAUUAGCCGAUCGUGGAAUUUGUUGUAUUGAUGAAUUUGACAAAAUGGUGGAGGGCGAUCGAACGGCUAUUCAUGAGGUAAUGGAACAGCAAACAAUUUCAAUAGCAAAAGCAGGCAUAAUGACUUCAUUAAAUGCUCGUGUUGCAAUAAUUGCUGCUGCCAAUCCAGCGUAUGGCCGUUAUAAUCCAAGUAGAUCAAUUGAAGACAAUAUACGCUUACCUGCUGCACUUUUGUCUCGUUUUGAUAUUCUUUGGCUUAUUCAAGAUACUCCUGAUAGAGAUUCUGAUCGAAAAUUGGCAGAUCAUAUUACUUAUGUACACCGAAAAGGUGAACAGCCAGAGGCGACAUUUAAGCCUGUGGAUAUGAAAUUGUUUAGAAAGUACAUUGCUGUCUGUAAACGAAAGGAUCCAGUGUUACCGGAUGACCUGAAGGAACUUUUGGUUGAUAAAUAUGUUGAGCUUCGACGUGAAUCAAAAAAUAGUGCUGAUUCAACAUUUACAUCACCUAGAAUACUUUUGGCUGCAAUUCGAGCAUGUACUGCAUUAGCUCGCCUUCGUCUUUCAAAUGUAGUAGAAGCAGCUGAUGUGAAAGAAGCACUGCGUUUGCUUGAUUCUGCAAGAGAAUCUCUACGUGCUCAUAAACAAGCAACUACUGACAGAAGUCGCGAUCCUGUUAAUCGGGCAUUUGAUACUCUUCGGGAAAUGUUACGUGAAAGUGAUGGUCAACAAGUACUGCUCGAGAAGCUCUACGCUCGCUGUGCUCAACGUGGUAUAGUCUAUGGGGUAGUCGACGAAUGUAUUUAUGGACGCUGGAAGCAUGCACUGUUUGUUGACCCGACAAACAAAACAGUUGGAAUUGUUUGA